UGUGCGUGUGUGUGUGUGUGUGUGAUCUCGCAGACGUCACAGCCUGCCGUUGGUCCAGUUCAGUUCAGAUCAUCGGUUGGUUCCCUCCGGAGGUAGCAGUUGGGCUAAAUAGAACUAAAUCCGGAGCUGAAGACAGUUUAACCCGAGACACCCAGCUCACGCUCUGAACCGGGACACUUUUUUAUUUGUCCUUAACCCGAAAUAAGCAGCAUAAACAGCCGGGGCGGAGGGAGGGAGAGCCGCCGUUAACGUAACGCCCGUGACGUCGGUCCGCCCGGGCGGCUGCUCCCGCUAGGGGUUUACAACCACGCUGCUCGUCUGGAGGGUCCCUUUAUCGGUGUGUACCGAGCGAUCGAUCGGUCCGAUCGGAGCGCAACCGCGGGAUAGAUAAGUGCGCGAUGAUGGAGAAGAAGAGGUCGGACUGCCCCGCUCUGCCUCCCGGCUGGAAGAAAGAAGAAGUGAUCAGGAAGUCCGGACUGAGCGCUGGAAAGAGCGACGUCUACUACUACAGUCCCCCAACUCUAUGGAAGCGCAAUCCAAAAAAAGAAAAGAAAAUCAGUAAUGAUCCUUCAGGAAAGAAGUUCCGGAGUAAGCCUCAGUUGUCCCGUUACCUUGGAAACAAAGUGGAUCUGGGAUGUUUCGACUUCCGGACGGGGAAGAUGAUGCCCGGAAAACUGCAGAAGAACAAACAGAGACUCCGACAUGACCCGCUCAGCUUGGCCAAGGGAGGUAAACCGGACCUGAACACAGCCCUGCCAAUCAGACAGACGGCAUCCAUCUUUAAACAGCCCGUUACCAAGGUUACGAGUCACCCCGGCAACAAGGUGAAGGCAGACCUGCAGAGAGCUAGUGAGCAGCCCAGACAGCUGUUCUGGGAGAGGAGGUUGAAAGGCCUGCACUCAUCAGACGUCACAGAGGAAGUCCUGCGGACCAUGGACCUGCCCAAAGGCCUGCAGAGCGUCGGGCCGGACUCCAGCAAUCACACUCUGCUGUCGGCCAUCGCCAGCGCCCUGCACAUGAGCUCCACUCCGAUAACGGGACAGACGACUGUGGCUGCCGAGAAGAACCCGGCCAUCUGGCUCAACACGUCCCAACCGCUCUGCAGGGCCUUCACCAUCACCGACGAACAGAUACGGGAGCAGGAGUUGAAAGUUUACCAGGCCAGGAGGAGUCUGGAGGAUGCACUGAUGGCUGACGGUUUGGCGCGGGCCGCCGAAAACACCCGAGAGCAGCUGGAGGGUAAGACGGCCUGAAGACGGACAGACUUCCUCUGUUCACCAGCCUCAGGUUUAUAAUCAACUUCCUCUUCAUCCAGACAACAGACCAAAAACAGACCACCGACAGACUAAAACCCACCUGCACUGAUCUGUUGUCUCAGUAGGCGAUUGCUUCAACCUUCCCGUUAAGGAAACAAUUUUCAGGAUCUAUUGACAUCUGGAAACUACAGUGAUUUUUUCCAGAGCAACAGCAGCAACAACGGGAGCAGCAACCACAGCAAUAACGGCAUCAGCAACAACAACAGCAACACCGGCUGCGACUACAAAAGGACAACAAACAGCCGCAGCGUUAAAAGUUGCAGCAACAUGAAACAGCAACAUAGGAAUGAGCAACAGCAGCAAUAAGUGGAUUAUCUAAAGCAACAACCGAAGCCUCUAAUCCUUUCUCUGUUUUAUCAUCUGUACAAACUUUACAAGUGCUUACCUUGACUCACUUUUCAGAUUCAGAUAUUACUUUUCUUGCUUUUUGAUAUAAAGCUGAUAAAUGAUUUUAAAGAAAUGCUGAAGAGCCACGCCCUCAACAAACCCAAAGUCAGAUUGCAAACUGCUGGACAGCUUUUGCUAACUCUACCAACUCUUCUUGCGCUCUCUGAUGAUUUUGGUUGUUUGUGGUGUCAGAUUGUUGUCAGUUUUCUGGGUUUUUAUUAAAAUAAUGAGAAUUUACAUGAAUAUGAAAUGGAACAAUUGCUUAUUUAAGACAAAUUUUAUACCUUGAGAGAACAUAUGUGUACAUUUCUUGGAAUGGAGUAAAUAAAUGAUUAUAUUCACCA